AUGAGCUACUGUUACGCGAAGUUUGAAGGAGGCAAGUGUUCGUCACCCAAAUCCAGAAAUCACUCCAAACAGGAAUGCUGCUGUGCCUUGAAGGGAGAAGGUUGGGGAGAUCCCUGUGAGCUGUGCCCCACUGAACCCGAUGAGGCCUUCCGCCAGAUCUGUCCCUAUGGAAGUGGAAUCAUUGUGGGACCCGAUGAUUCAGCGGUUGAUAUGGAUGAGUGCAAAGAACCUGAUGUCUGUAAACACGGGCAGUGCAUCAAUACCGAUGGCUCCUAUCGCUGCGAGUGUCCCUUUGGCUACAUUCAAAAGCAUCUUCUGCUGUGA